UAUUUCGCAUCGCAGUCAUCAAUGAACAUGAUGCGAGUACUAUUGUGCGCGUUAGCGAUACUGUCAGCAGUAGCCGCUCAGAAAGAUCCGCACUAUGUGCCCGGCCACGAUGGGAUGGUGCAUCUUUUUGAAUGGAAAUGGAACAAAAUUGCAGAGGAAUGUAAAACUUUCCUCGGUCCCAUGGGAUUCGGUGGCGUACAGAUUUCUCCGCUCCAAGAGAACGUAAUCGUAGAGAAUAGACCAUGGUGGGAACGUUACCAACCUAUAUCUUAUAAAUUGGAAACAAGAUCGGGCACAGCGAAAGAAUUCAAUGACAUGGUUCGCACAUGUAACAAUGCCGGCGUAAGGAUUUACGUCGAUGUGGUCUUCAACCAUAUGACCGGAAAUCAAAAGAACGCAAAGGGUACUGGCGGUUCAACAGCGGAUACUGGUAACUUAAGUUAUCCGGGGGUACCGUAUUCUGGAUUCGAUUUUCACUACCCUUGCUCCAUCAACAAUUAUCAAGAUCCGGGAAAUGUGCGGAAUUGCGAGCUAUCCGGCCUGCAUGAUCUCGAUCAGUCAAAAGAAUAUGUCAGAGAGAAGAUGGUCGACUUCUUGAACAAAAUAGUCGAUGCUGGAGUCGCUGGCUACCGAGUAGACGCAGCUAAACACAUGUGGCCGGAGGAUCUAAAAGUAAUCUACUCUCGAGUGAAAAAUCUCAAUCCGAAGCAUAAUUUUCGUUCAGGUGCGCGACCUUAUGUAUUCCAAGAAGUGAUUGAUUAUGGCGGCGAAGGAGUCAGUAAAUAUGAAUACAACUCUUUCGGCGCGGUUACGGAAUUCCGAUACGGUGUGGAGAUCAGCAACGCCUUGAACGGAAAGAAUUCAUUGAAAUGGUUUUCCAAUUGGGGAGAAGCUUGGGGUUUGUUACCAUCUCAGGAUGCUCUAGUAUUUAUUGACAAUCAUGAUACUCAACGUAGCCACUCCGAAAUACUUACCCACAAGUCAAUGAAGAAAUACAAGAUGGCCGUUGGUUUCAUGCUGGCACAUCCUUAUGGAACUCCGCGUAUCAUGAGUUCCUUCGCUUUUGACAAUUUUGACGCUAACCCGCCGCAGGACUCUAUAGGAAAUCUUAUAUCUCCAACCAUCAACUCUGACAAUACCUGCAAUAACGGUUGGAUCUGCGAACAUCGAUGGCGUCAGAUUUACAACAUGGUGCGCUUCCGAAACGCUGCGAAUAAUACCGACGUGAACAACUGGUGGGACAAUGGCCAGAAUCAAAUCGCUUUCAGUCGUGGAAACGCGGGUUUCUUUGCGAUCAAUGGUGAUGAAUAUGACUUCAAGAAGGAUCUCUUUACUUCUCUGGAGCCUGGUACUUACUGCGACGUUAUCUCUGGAAAUUUGGAGGAUAACAAGUGUACCGGUAAGACCGUAACAGUGGAUCAAAAUGGAAAGGCGUUUAUAGAAAUCUUAAAGCAUGAGGAAGAUGGUGUGCUCGCCAUUCAUCGACAGGCAAAGGUGGAAUGCAGAUGUUGAAGAUCAGAUUGGAAUUAAAAAUUGCUUAUUGUAAGCAUAUAUUGAUAUAAAAUGUGUUA